UGAAAGAUUUUGCCUGAACUCUGUGCGAUGCAAAAUAAUUAAAUUAAACGCUCCCAAAGUCUUUCUAACACGCGAAAAAUACGUGAUCCGCAGAGUUUCGCCGCUGCUCGAUGCAAAGACAUUCCGGAACGGCGGAAAAAUUCGAGACAAAUCGCGAAAAUUGACUUGUAAAAAGUUACACCUACUACCAAGUAUAUCUAAAAACUCGUAUCACAGCAAGAGUGUGUGUGUCGAUGAUAAAUUCGUAUUAAACGUGUAAUGAUCCCCUGUGAAUAACUGAGAAUGGAAUGACGAAAAGUUUUUGGUGCGAAUAGUUUUAAUUAGGAAAUUAGUGAGAUUUUUAUUAUUUUUUCCUCGGCGCGCAUCCGGAUUUAUUGCAAAUUGGGGCAGUUCGUGGCAGCUAAAGUUCGUGUUAGGCAGCAGAAACGAUGACAGCUACAACGGGCAACGUUCGCUUAUCGACGAGCAGCACGGGAAAGAGCGUAAAAGUGAACAGACCGAGUAAAUUGUUGACGCGCGAGGAAAAUGAGCAAGUAUUUCAGUUGCUCGGCAAUAAAAGACAAACGCAGGCGACAGCAGUUGUGCAACUUUUCUCGACAGAACCGCCCGCCCAUUCGACAUGGGUGAAACGACACACGGGCGUUUUGUGUUUCGUCAAGGAUUCGUCGCGUCGCUCGUACUUCAUGCAACUUUACUGCUUGAGCAGGAACGAACUCGUGUGGGAACACGAAGUUUACGAGCCCUUCAUCAUAAAUCGCCCGCGUCAAUAUUUGCUCACGUUCGAGGGCCACGAUCGCAUUGUGUCCUUCAAUUUUGCCUCGGAAGACGAGACAUCGACGUAUUUGCAAACGGUGCAUAAUUUAAUUAGUAGUCGCAUGCGGAAAAAAGAAGAACGUGCGAAACGGAGUGUCAAGCCAGCGAGACCGCCAAAUCCCGUCGUUACGACAAAUAACAACAACAACAACGAUGUCAGCGAUGGCGUUGUGCUGCGAAAUAAGCCUGCGCUGCCCGCAAUUCCCACAAUUGACACUUCCAUGCCCGCGAAAGACGCGAAAACGAACAAAAACGACAAACGAACAAAGAAAAAACUCACAAAAGCGGAUAUUGGGAUGCCGACGGGCUUCAAGCAUGUCACGCACGUUGGAUGGAAUUCCGAAUCUGGCUUCAAGUUCGACGGAGAGGACGACGAAGCACUUAAACCGUUCUUAAUUAAAGCCGGUGUGUCGGAGCAACAGUUGAAAGAUCGCGAAACGAAGGCAUUUAUUUAUGAUUUUAUCCAAUCGAACAACGUUUUGGAAAGUAUCAAGUCGGAGCAAUUGUAUUCGCCGCCGCCAGUCGAAUUGCAGCAAAAACAGCAGCAGCAAGAAGAGGAAAAACAAGCUGUGCCGCCUGUGCCAUCGAGAAAUUCAGCGAAAAUUGUGCCCCCGCCUCCCCCGUCGAUACACACGAAGCAAGCGGUGAAUCGAACAGCGCCCCCAGCACCGCCCGCAAGACAUCAACCAGCUCCCAAAAGACCAAGUCCGCAGUUACAACAGGAAUUUAUCACGCAUGAAAGGGUUCCUGAUGCGAUUCCGAAACCGCCGACGAUUAGACUUCCUGAUCCGCCCAAGAGACCUCCGCCAAUUACGUCGACGAUUCCUCCUCCGCCUCCUCCUCCCCCAAUUACCAUCCAGAGUCCCAUCUCGCAACCAAGCAGCAAUAAAACAUCACCAAUUAACAGCGGCAAUGCUGGAGCAAAUCUUCCCGCAAUCACAGAUGACCGCUCUGCCUUAAUGGAAAGCAUACGAAAAGGGACCAAACUGCGGAAAGUCGAUCAAAUUUCCGUGGGAAGCAGCGGAAGCGGAGACGCUCGCACCGAAUUGCUCAACGAAAUACGACACGGCACGACAUUGAGACCUGCGGAAGAGCGUGUUCUCUCCAAUAGACUAAGCAAUGACGAAGCGGCGCCCACAGACGCACUCGCUUUGGCUCUGAGACGUGCGCUGGAGCAACGAAAGGGCGCCAUUCAAUCCGACUCGGAUGACGACAGUAGCGAAAGUUUUGACAAUGAUAACGAAUGGGACGAUUAAAGCGACAAAUAAUAAGUAAUAAAAGGUAGCAACUCAUUAAAUUAUAAAAAAAAAUAAUUAAUAAUAUCUCCUCGACUAUAACUCGAAUAUAUCGUAAAUACCUAAUAAUAAAUUAAAGCAAGAAACUUUAUCAUGUUACAUAUUAUAUAGAUACUGAAGUUUAAUCAAAAGUAAUUUUAUUAUUUGUUAUUAAUUAAUAAUAAUAUUAAACAUUAAAAAAUGCUGUUGCAUAGUUCUCCAUUCUUCUCCUUUUUUUUGAAGCUCAAUCUAUUUC